AUGAAUACGAAUGUAACACCACAAGAAUAUCGCUUAUUUCUUGAUAAUAUGUUUUAUAUUUAUACAAAAAUUGCUCAAUAUUUACGACUUAUAUUUGAAUCAAAUACAGAUAUUAUCACUGAAAUAUUUAAUAAUGAAAAUUUGAUUCAAUUAAUUUCUUUACUUGCUUAUUUUCCAGAAAAUAAAUCGAAUCAAUCGGAAAAUUUCUGGCAAGUCAAAAUUAAUCUUACUCAUUUAAUUAUUCAUAUUUUUCUUCAACAAUGCUCAUCAUUACAUCAAUUAAUAAAUAAUACUAUUGUUCAACAUGCUUCAGCACUUUUUAAUAUACUUACUUUACCAUUGCAUACAAUGAUUAAUGGUUCGAUUAGUGUUGCUAUUUCUAUAAUACUUCAAUUAUUAUCACUUUCAAUUGCACAAUGUACAUUAGAUCAAGAAAAAAAUAUGUGGAAAGAUUUUUUUGAUCAAUCAUCGGAUAAAAAUGGAAUAAAAAUAUUUGAUCAAUUGUUAAUAUUAUAUGAAAAUCGACUGAAUACAGAAUCGAAUGAUACAUUAAAAUUAACUGUAUCAAAUAUGAUUAAAUCAUUAUUAAAUAUAAGUAUAACAGCUAAACAAGAAGCUAUUGAAAAAGGUUUUAUUGAAUCUCAAAUUGAUCAUCUUAAACGUAUUCAAACAAAAUUAACUCUCUUCUCACUUCAAUCAGAUAAAUGUGUUAGCAAGGAUGAUACACUAAUUGAUGAAUGUGUUCAAGUAUCGUCAAUUCUUAACAAUCUUGCAUAUGAUUGUUCUUCUGCUAAAGAUAUUCUUGCUGCAAAUGGUUUAGUUCCAUUUCUUCAUCAACUUUGGUGUUGUGUUAGUGUAUGUAGUACAGUUCUUCCAUCGGCAAAUUCAUUUGUUGUUCAAACACCUGAUCAACAACGUCCAUUAUCAAAUCUAUUGUCUUAUGUUCUUCGACUUAUAACAAAAGCUGCGUUAUCAUCUGUAGUUAAUAAUAGUACAUCAAGUAAAAAUCAAACAAUUGAAAUAGCAUUUGAUAUCAUACAAAAUUGUUCAACUGAAAUUGAAGGAAGAAGUAUUGUUUAUAAAUCAAAUUUUUAUCAAAUAUUUAUUGAUCAUUUUGAACGUGUAUCACGUGAUAUAAAUCGAUAUGAUCGACGUUUUCUUGAUGUGAUUAUAAAUAUAACAUUUUUUAAUGAUGGACAAACUAGUAUACUUAAAAAUGCUGAAAUGUUUGCUAUUCUUAUACGUAUUGCUCAUUCAUCAUCAUCGUCUGUUUUACAACGUCAAGCACUUUUGAUUCUUCGAAAUUUAGCUUUUUCAUCUACACAUAAAGCAGGAAUUGUAUCUGAAUCUAAAUAUGUUCCAACAAUAAUGUCACAUGUUGUUUCAAAGACAUCAGAUACAGCUUAUAUUGGAUUAACAGCUUUGUGGGCACUAAUUGUUGAUGCUCAAAAGGGCAAAGUAGCUGUUCGUAGUAGUAAUGUAUUACCUGCUCUAUUUGAUGUUAAAACUCAACAACGAAACAAAGAAAAUCUUUUAUGUUAUCAUGCUAUUUCAAAUGUUAUUCAAUUAUUAACAGAAGAUUAG